GCUGUGCACCAGGCGAUCUCUCAAACUACGUCCACGUCUGUACGUGAUUAGAGGUACAUCGCCUAUCAUAUCCCCAAUAUCUGGGUCUGAUUUAAGAAUACCCCAGUAGGUCGUCAGCAAGUCACGCACUGUGUUGUGUGCUUCAUCAUAUGUGGCUAUGAUGCGCAACUGGUCCAUUCCAGCCGAUCCCGACCUAGGGGUAAGGAGGGCAUCCCGGUUUUGUGCCAGUGAAUGCUGGUACGCUUUAGUUAGUACAUGUUGUGGCGUUCCAAACGACAGUGAUUUGAUUUUGAUAGGUGGAACGUAUACCAUAUAUCAGUUAUACCAGUGAAAUUUUCUUUAUAUAUUGCUUGAGAGUAAUGGCAGGCUUUUUGGCGGCAGGUAUUUGCAGUGAUAAAUGGGAUGAGGAAGCUAGAGUGGUUUUUUCUGAGGCAGAUCUACCCCCAACCAACCGUGCAUUAAGUAUCACUGGUUCAUUUAAAUUACUCACCAAAAUUUACAAAGACCAAGUCAGAGGGUGGUGGGAAAUUCAAACCCUGGAAACCUAUAUCCAACAUCAAAUAGUCCCCAGGGGUAUGCGGAUUCCCUUCCUUCCGUCCAACAGAAUUCAGUCCCCAGAGUUCCGUAAGAAGUGGGAAAAAGAGGCCGUUGAGAGCUCCCUCAGACUUAUGGCAUUGUUGCUGGAGGAGGAAAAGGCCCUGCACACUAAAAACACCACAUUGUUGCAGGAGCAAAUUGCAGAAGUGAGCAAAUUCUCCAGUAACUCUGAGUUUACGCGUAAGGAGGUCUUUUUGCAACAGACGGUGGAACGGUUUACGGCCCAGCUUAAAGAACGUAAGCACUCUCAAUUUUUGAGAGAUAAAGCUGAUUUUAAAGAAGGGCGCAUUCUCGAUUUUGCGACUAAAACUGCAAGGACCCUUGAGGUUGAGACAGAACCCUCAUCCUCUGAGGGGGAAACUGAAUUGGAAGGUACCUCCUACCAGAAUAGCCAAUACCCCAUCUUCCAACCCUCUAAUAAGGGAUCUAGAGGAAGGGGAGGCAGAGGUAGGAACCCCAGAUCACGGGGAGGUUUUUUAGGGAACCAAACUACGAGGUCCUACAGUCUCAGAAACAGCAAGAACCAAUAGUACACCAUCAUAGAAUGGGUGCAGCUGAUUACGAGACUGUAAACCCUCUAGGAAAAAACAGGUCCAGGGACAAGUUACAAAUUAUUAACUUGUCUGAUAGGUCACUUACGGAGGUAGAACUGGAACUACUUAGCAAGGGCCUAUCAUUUGUUCCCACCUGUUCCUUUAGCUCCUUCGAAUGGGUCAAGGAUUUGACCUUAUUCGUGAGGAAACUUAAAUGGAAAAAAUUCUUUGCUACACAUAAUCAACAACAGUGCAAUGAAUUGGGUGUGGACAUAAAUGACCUGCCGGAUAUCCAACUACUGGCAUCCCUUAUGGAGGAAGGGAGUAGGGAGAUUGGUGAGGGUCCAUUUACGGACCUCAAAUUGUCCUCUACUAAAAACCCGCCCCUUAGUGAUGGCACACCACCUGACAUUUUUCUCAA